UGUUGUUAAGUAAAAAUAGCACGCACGUGUUCAUGCCUUGAAGUGUUGUUAAAAUGGCAAGACCUAAACAGGGUCGAAACAAGAAGAAAUAUAAGCCAAAGAAUAGAAAACAACAUAAUCAGAAAGGAAAGGUGGAAGUUAAAGCGUCGAAAUCUCCUGAUGAGGAAGUUGACAGUGAUCAGGAAUCCGAUGAUUUAGAAGUGGUCACCACCAACAGAAAUGUCAAACAUAAGAAUAGCGAUGAGGAGUCUGAUAUGGACUCAGAUGAGGAGAUGGCACAGACACGGAAACUCGUAACGCAACAAAACAGGAAGAAGAAAAAGUCUGGUGGCUUCCAAGUUAUGGGGCUGUCCUACCCUGUGUACAAGGGCAUCACAAGGAAGGGCUACAAGAUCCCCACACCCAUACAGAGGAAGACAGUGCCACUCAUCAUGGAUGGUAAGGACGUGGUUGCCAUGGCCAGGACAGGAAGUGGUAAGACUGCAGCGUUCCUGAUUCCAAUGUUUGAGAAGCUGAAAGCCCAUUCCUCUAAGGGAGCCAGGGCCAUGAUAAUGUCCCCAACCAGGGAACUGGCGCUACAGACGCUCAAGUUCACAAAGGAGCUGGGAAAGUUCACUGGUCUGAAGGCUGCAGUUAUCCUCGGUGGAGACAGAAUGGAGAACCAAUUUGCUGCCUUACAUGAAAAUCCAGAUAUCAUCAUAGCAACGCCCGGACGUUUCCUCCAUGUCGUCGUGGAGAUGGACAUGAAGCUCAAGUCUGUGGAGUAUAUUGUGUUUGACGAGGCUGACAGGCUGUUUGAGAUGGGCUUCCAGGAGCAGCUCCAUGAGAUCAUCAACCGACUGCCCGAGUCACGCCAAACUCUGCUGUUCUCAGCCACGCUGCCAAAACUCCUGGUGGAGUUUGCUAAAGCAGGGCUGACUGACCCCACUCUCAUCAGACUCGAUGUUGACAGCAAGCUCAGUGAAAACCUCAAGCUCUCCUUCUUGGCCUGUCGAGCUGUAGACAAGCUGCCUCUCCUCAUCUACCUGCUGCAGUCUGUUGUCAAGGCCAAGCAGCAGACGGUCGUGUUUGCCGCCACCAAACAUCAUGUGGAAUAUCUAAACAUGGUCCUGUCCAAGGCCGGGAUCCCCUCCUGCUACAUCUACAGCUCCCUGGACCAGACGUACCGCAAGAUCAGCGUGGCCAAGUUCCAGCACAGGAAGGUCAAUGUGAUGAUAGUAACGGAUCUGGCAGCCAGGGGCAUUGACAUCCCAAUGCUGGACAAUGUCAUCAAUUUCAACUUCCCAGCCAAGUCCAAGCUUUUUGUACAUAGAGUUGGUCGUGUUGCUAGAGCGGGACGUAGUGGCACGGCCUAUAGCCUGAUAGCCCCCGAGGAGGUGCCCUACCUGUAUGACCUUCAUGUGUUUCUGGGGAGGGCUGUCAGGACUGUGCCCACAGGCAAGAAAAUCACAGAUGAUGGCUGGUGGUUCGGUGAGGCUCCGCAGCGCGUGAUAGACGGUGAGGCCGAGAUGGUGAGGCAGCUACAUGACGAGUCUGUGGACCUGCAAAACUUGAAGCGUGUAAGUGAGAACGCCUACAAGCACUACGUGAAGUCUCGACCGCUGCCAGCCCAAGAGUCCGUGAAGCGAGUCAAGGACGUGGACAAGUCAGGGGCGAAGCUGGGCCCUCAUCCCUAUUUUGCCAAUGUCAAGACAGGAGACGAGUCGGAGAGGCUGAACCUGUUGGAUGCUCUCCGUAGCUACAAGUCAAACACAACAGUAUUUGAGGUGAAUUCCACCAACAAGAAUCCAUCAUUUGAUGUGAUGAAGAACAAGCGGACAUGGCAUGAGAGGGUGAUCUGCAGCAGCCGACUGAGGGAGGCCACCAAGCGGGACGCGGACGCGGACGUGGAGGGGGAGGAGGAGCGGGAGGGGCAGGAGGCAGCCAAUCAGGAGGACGUUCAGAACGUGUUCAGCACUGUGAUAGCACCCAGCAAACAUCACUCCGGCAGGGAUACAUCCCAGAGGAGGAAAGGGAAGAAACGGAAACACGUAGACAUCAAAGAUGAAGAGAACUAUCUCCACUACCGCCCUGCUGACUACCAGAGCGAGAAAGGCCUGAGUGUCAGCAGUACAUUUGAGCAGCAGGCCUCCAGUGCUGUUCUGGAUCUCACCGGCGAUGACGACACCGGGAUCAAGAAGAAAAACAAUCAGCUCAAAUGGGACAGAAAGAAGAAGAAGUUUAUCCGGGAAGAACAGGACCCAAAGAAGAAGAAGAUAAAGACGGAGAGCGGCACCUGGAUCUCGGCCUCCUACAAGUCUAAUGCUUACCGUGACUGGCGAGACCGACACAAGAUUGACUCCAACCCAGGCGACAGUGAUGAUGAAGGUCAAAAGUCAAGGUCAUUUGGACCAGGUCGGCUGGUGGUAAUGGGCUCCAAGGGACGACUAUGGCACACCAAGGGAUCAGAAGAAGCUUCAGGACCAAAGAAGAAGAAACAGUUUAAGGAACUGAAGUCAAUGGAUCAAAUAGUCAAGAAUAGAAAACAAAAAAGUAAAAUCCAGAAUUUCCAGAAACACAGAAGGGAAGAGAAGAGUAAGAGGAGAACAUUUAAAAAUCAGAAGAUGAAAAAACAAAAAUAGAGUUCGAGAGUUGUUAAAACUUCAAGAUGUUCAGUCAGUCCCUGAGUUCAGUCAUCAUGUUUACACUGUAAGUAAUAUGUGGUAUACAUCAAGCAUACUGACAGUUUGGUUGUGGGUCAGUCAGUAACAUGAAGUGUCCUUGAAUGACGGAUUGAAUGGAGGUUCAGAAGUAUGAAAACCUGUUGCGAUUGAGUACUUUUAACAACCCUAAUGACUGUAGAUUUGUUAGAUAAGAAGAGGAGUUUGGCUAAAACUGAAGAGUAACCUCAAGUAUUGGUGACUAGGUUCGAGCUGGAGGGCUCUCAUCAGACUGUUUGACAAGUCUCAAAUGUCCAUGAGGUACAUGAGGCUGGUUGGAGAGGUCUGAAUCAGAUUUAGGUUUUGUAAAAUUCCGGAAGAAGAUAAUGUUCAACGUCAUAAACUUGUUUUGUUUGUUGGUUUAGUUUUGACUUACCAUUAAACAUAUACAGUCAAACACCGUUGUGUCGAACUUUGAUGUGUCAAACUUGUAGUUGCCUUGAAGUAAAUAUUUGGUCCCUGCGUAUUCUUUCUUAAGCCGUAUUUUUAAUUUGUGGAGACAGAAAAACUGAGGCUGCCGUACGGCCUUUGAAGUGAUGAUGAGCGGUCACCUUGGGGCAGCCGUGGAACCGCUCUAUGGCAUGGCUACGGCGUGUCUAAUUGCUACGGCGAACGUAGAAAUUAAAAAAGUUAUAAAUCCGCGCUAUAUUCCCACGGCGACCUAUACGGCCUGUAAAAGAUAGGGAUACUCCCUAGGGCGACCCUGAGGCCACCGCAGAUUCUCUUCAGACGCCGCAAGUAAUCCCUCGAUUUUCGGGGCUUCAAACGCCGUAUCCUAGCCGUAGAGCACAUGUGACUGAGGCAUUAUUCAUCAUUUUCAGUUGUGUCGAACCUCGGAUAACUUGAAGUAUUUAUGUAGGUCCCUUCAACAUCGACACAACGGUGUUUGACUGUAUACCUAUUCAUCCUGCAGUAUAGACAAACUGUUUUGAUGCUUCACCCAUACAGAUGUUGCUGUACCAGAGAUGAGAACUGAAUCACAUUCAGGUUACUGCAAGUUAUGUCUGUGUAUGUAAAGUUGUAAACAUUGUGCAGCAUUUGUGAAUAAAAUAUUCCAUGCACAACUGUC